AUGUUGUUCUUGAGGCAAACCACCCCCAAGACGCGAGCCUUGCAAAGAUGCACGCUGAUUGCGCCACCUAUUACCGUCCUUGGAAGCGUCAAGCCAGCGUCUUCACGCCAUAGCAUCUCGAGAUGCUUCUCCACGUCCAGACCAGAACCCCAGGCCACCCAGGACGGCGCGCUGAAGGGACUCAGGGUGUUGGAUCUGUCGCGGGUCCUGGCUGCCCCCUUUUGCACGCAGAUUCUCGCCGACUACGGCGCUAACAUCAUAAAGAUCGAGGCCCUGAUGAAAGGAGAUGACACGAGACAUUGGAUGAUGCCAGGAGAGCCUGCCAAGUGGAAGCCCGAAGCAGGGCCGAUGUCCAACUACUUCUCCUCGGUCAACCGAAAUAAGAGAUCCGUCACGUUGAAUCUCAAAAAGGCCAAAGGCAAAGCCAUUCUGCUUGACCUCGCCAAGCAGGCAGACGUCGUCGUCGAGAACUUUAAGCCCGGAACAAUGGACCGCCUCGGGCUGGGCUAUGAACGGCUCAGGGAGCAUAACCCAGGUCUUGUGUACGCAAGUCUCUCAGGAUACGGGACCACGGGGCCUUACGCCAACCGCGGUGGAUACGACCCCAUUGCUGGAGCUGAAGCUGGUCUUUUACACGUCACGGGCGAGCGAGACGGGCCCCCCGUUCGGCCAGGCAUCGGCAUGGUAGACAUGGCCACCGGCCUGUACAUGCAUGGUGCAAUACUGGCAGCACUGCACGCGAGGGGGCAGAGUGGCAAGGGACAGCGUGUUGAUGGCUCCCUGUUUGAGACGCAAAUCAGCCUAUUGACCAAUGUUGGCCUCUCGUGGCUGAACCUUGGCAUUGAGGCAGAACGGUGGGGAUGCCAGCAUCCGAGCAUCGUGCCCUAUGAUGCCUUCAAGACAAAGGACCUGCAUCUGGUCUGCGGGGCCACAAACGAUGCUCAGUUCGCCGACCUGUGCAGGCUAGUCGGGCUUGAAUCGCUAAUUACAGACGAGCGCUUCUCGACGAAUCCCAAACGCGUCGAGAAUCGCGAGCUGCUGAGACCCAUCUUCGACGCCGAGUUCAAGAAGAGAUCGACAGCUGAGUGGAUGACCAAGUUUGAGGGUACAGGUUUGCCCUUCGCACCCAUCAACAACAUGGAGAGGACCUUUUCCCAUCCUCAGGCAGAAGCCCGGGAUAUGAUUGCCAGUGUUCCCCUUGAUGCCGCCGAGGCUGGCCACAUCCGCCUGAUCGGACCGGCUGUCAAGUUUAGCGAGACCAAGCCUGCCAUCAGAAGCGUGCCUCCCUGUCUGGGACAGGACACGGACCAAGUCCUGUCUGAGCUUGGGAUUAACGAGCAAGAGAGAGCGAAGUUAAGGGAAGAGGGGAUAGUAUAG